AUGUACCCGUCGUUUCUGAACUGCAAGUUGGAAGUUUGCUUUCAGAAUGCCCACGUGCAUCGUGUCUACCGUUUCUUCGCAGGUGCUGCCUUGGCGUCGCAGGAGUUCCACACGCUAGGAAACAACAGCUACGCGAAUUCCCCGACAAAUAUUUUUGGAGCAGCUCCGCGAAUCGUAGGUGGUGUCAAGGCUCAGAGUGGAGAGUUUUUAUACCAGGCUGGACUCUGGAGGAGCGGCUACCCGUUCCCCUACUGCGGGGCGACCGUGGUCGGACCCCGGCACGUCGUGACGGCCGCCCAUUGCGUCUGCGUCGCCGAUGACCCUCCGUCCCUACUGUCGCCGAAGUUGCUGAAGGUGUCCGUUGGGAGCGUCAAGUACACAAACGCCAAGAAGAUCCAAGCGGCGGCCAUUUUCGUACACUCUCAGUUCAACGCAGCCACGAUGGAAAACGAUAUAGCAGUCAUCAAGUUGAAGCAGCUCAUCCCAGUGGGGGAGGAAGUUCUGGUGUUUCCGCUGGCGCUGGCACACAGGAGUCCCGCCCCCGGCACGUCGUGCAACGUCAGCGGCUGGGGCGUCACCACCUUCAAGGGCGUGAAGCCUAAGGAGACGCUGCGCUACGUGGAGGUGCCUGUGGUGGGGGCGGAGGACUGCCGGCGCCAGCUGCCGGGACUGCUUGGAGAAGGCAUGCUGUGUGCCGGGGGCCAGGGCGGCCGGGACGCGUGCAGCGGCGACAGCGGGGGCCCCCUGGUGUGUGACGGCGUGCUGGCCGGGGUGGUGAGCUGGGGUGUCGAGUGCGGCGUGGCCGGCUACCCCGGAGUCUACACCGACGUCGCCACCUUCGCCGCCUUCCUCGCCGACGCCACUGGAAGCGAUGGCCCCGAAGUCGCCGCCGCUGCUGACGUGUCCCAGGCGCCCAGCGUAGCGAUGCUCGCGACCUCCAGUGUGAUCGCCACUUUGAUUGGCAGGCUCUGAACCCACACCGUCAUCCUCAUGGUCGUCUCAUCAGGGUUCUGAGGCAGUGCCACCUAUU